AGGGAGUCAUCGCCCCGGACCUCUUCACCUGGGACAUCACCCCUCCGUAUCAGACGGACGACGACGCCACCUGCACGACACCUGCUGAGAGCUGCAACAGCAAACUGCUCUCCUGAUCCACCUUCAUCGAAUCAAACAGAUUCAAACGCCCUCUAUUCACCGGCUGCUUCAUCCCUCCCAAGCCUCCCAUUGUUCCCUGUUUGAGAUUUCACGUGACAGUCUCGGCUGAUUGAUGCCACACUGAGAAGGAAAAAACAUCCAAAGUGGUUCCAAUCAAAGCAGAGAGACAAUCCAGAAGAGAAGGAGUAAACUCUGAUCCUGUGGCGCACAGCGGAGGAUCACAGAGGACAGAGUGAGGAAAGAGAGGGAUAAAGAGUUAUUGAAUAAAGGACGAGAGGAGGGAUUUGGGCGCGACAGCUGGAGGGAAACUUGGAGGAGGAAAAAGUGGAGAAAGCAAGGAAAUAAAGGAGAGGAGUCCUCCGCCAUGCAACAUGAGUAACGACAGUAACGGAGCCGGGGGGCUGCAGCCCCUCUGGAACUUCAAUGGGUCACCGGUUAACCAAUCAUCCGACCUGUUCGCCAAUACCUCCUGUAACACCUCCACCAACGACUCGACCUCCUGCUCAGCGGUGGACGAUGGCGGCGCAGGAAGUCCAUAUAAGGCUCUGGAGAUGUUUUUCAUCGCGUUGGUGACAGGAUCUCUGAGCUUUGUGACUGUGACAGGAAACAUUUUGGUCAUGCUGUCAAUCAAAGUGAACCGCCACCUUCAGACUGUCAACAACUACUUCCUGUUUUCGUUGGCGUGCGCGGAUUUGAUCAUCGGUGCGUUCAGCAUGAACCUGUACACCGUCUACAUCAUCGUGGGGUACUGGCCGCUCGGCCCGGUGGUGUGCGACCUGUGGCUAGCUCUAGACUACGUGGUCUCGAACGCCUCGGUGAUGAAUUUGUUGAUCAUCAGCUUCGAUCGGUAUUUCUGCGUCACCAAACCGCUGACGUACCCGGCGAGGAGGACGACAAAGAUGGCGGGUUUGAUGAUCGCAGCUGCGUGGAUCCUCUCCUUCAUCCUGUGGGCGCCGGCCAUCUUGUUCUGGCAGUUCAUCGUCGGGGAGAGAACAGUGCCCCCUGGAGAGUGUUACAUUCAGUUCCUCUCUAACCCUGCGGUGACAUUCGGGACGGCCAUCGCCGCCUUCUACCUUCCCGUCAUCAUAAUGACCGUCCUGUACAUCCACAUCUCCCUGGCCUCCAGGAGCAGAGUGUCCAAACACAAACCGGAGAAGAAGGAGAAGAAGGGCAUCAAGACUCCCAGUCUGAUCAAGAGUCACCUGUUGAAGCAGAACAACAACAACGAGACCAGUCCUCAGGCCAGUCCUCGCUCCACCCCCAAACUCAGUCUGGACUCCACCACCACUGCGCUCGACGCCGUGAAGAACGGCCGAGUGGAGGAGCCCAAACCGGAGCAAAACCAGGCCCCGGCUCAGCCCAGUCCAGGACUCACACAGGAGGAGAAGGAGAGCUCCAACGACUCGUCCACAGCUUUUAUCGCUCCGACAGAACCGAAGGAGAACCCCAACAACGCGGUCGUCUCUGAGGCGGCGAUCAAUCCAAACCCAGAUCCCUCAUCAGCCUCCAACCCCGCUGAUGCAAAGAUGGGCCCGGGCUCGAGGUGGUCCAAGAUAAAGAUUGUGACCAAGCACAGCGGGGACGAGUGCAUCACUGCCAUCGAGAUCGUCCCGCCUGUGCAGGGCGCUGAGACGCACUCCAUCCCCAUUAGCCGCCCUCGGACGGUGGCGAGGAAGUUCGCGAGCAUCGCCAGGAGUCAAGUGAAGAGGAAAAGACAGAUGGCUGCCAGAGAGAAGAAAGUGACCAAGACCAUCUUCGCCAUCCUGCUGGCCUUCAUCAUCACAUGGACGCCGUACAACGUCAUGGUGCUGAUCUCCACCUUCUGCCAGUCCUGCGUGCCCGACACCGUGUGGGCCAUAGGCUACUGGCUGUGUUACGUCAACUCCACCAUCAACCCGGCGUGUUACGCACUGUGCAACGCCACAUUCAAAAAGACCUUCAAGAACCUGCUGCUGUGCCAGUACAAAAACAUAGGAACCAGAUGAGAUGGAGGAGGAGGAAGACCGAGGGUGGGACAUAUGGGGACGGGGUGAACCACUGCAAAAACAGGGGAGAGAGGACAGGGAGAGGUGGAGGAGAAAAACAAACAACGGAUGGAGGAAAGAGAAGAAAUCUGCAGGGACGGACUCUGAUGGUUUAUUCUGUCUGUACACAAAGACUCAGAGUGAUUAUUCACCCGCUUCAUCACACUGAGUGGAAAUAUGGCUUCAUGGGACAGGGGGACAACAACAAAAGCAUUGUAAAGUGGUGUUAAUGUGAGCAGAGGUCGGUGGUAAAUAUGGAGGGAGGAGAAAUGGAGGGGAAACAGAUUGAUGGGGUGAUACAGGAGAAUGAUAGAACCAAUGACCAAUGUAAAAUGGGGACACACUGCAGCAUGCACGUCUAGAGAGGAGGUCUGGUUUGAUAGGUGAAGGAUGGAUGGAUCAAUGGAGAGAUGAAUGGAUGGAUGGAUGGACCAACUGCCAGUAAACUAGAUGUGUUCAUCACUGGAUUAUUAAUCUAUAGAGGAUAAAUAAAUGGAUGAACGGAUGGAUUGACUGGUUGAAGACUGGACUGAUGCCUCACUGGAUGAUGUUUGGAUGAAGAGAAAACAAAGAAUGGAUGCAAGGCUGAACGGAUGAAUCAAUGGAUGAUAGAUAGAUAGAUAGAUAGAUUGAUAGUUAGGAGUCAUUGAAUGAUGGAUGGACAGAUCAAUGGAUGGAUGAAUGAUGGAUGACUGUACUGAUGUUUCUAUGAAUGAUAGAUGGACGAUGGAAAAAGGGAUGACUGGAUGGACACAACCCAGAUAGAGAUGAAUGAAUGUGUGGGCUGAUGGAUGGAUGACGUGAUUGGACAGAUGUUUGGAUGGAUAGAUAAGCGAUGAAUGAAUAAUUGGAUGGAUGGAUGAUUGAUGUAUACAAGACAGGAAAGGUAGUACAGUGGAGGGAUGGAGGGAUGAGUUGGCGGACGCACAGAUGUGAGAAUUUAACUCAUUAAUAUAUGAGAGGAAGUUCAUCCUUCAUGAUCACUCUGCUGGUUUCUAAAUUCGAAGAAUGAUGGAGGGAUGAAGCAGUGACUCCUAAACGAUGGGUUCAUAAAGUGAUUCUCCAAAGGUUGACUGAGAUUAAACGAACAUAAAAUCUGCACAGCUGACUGAAUCUGACGGAGAGCGGUCUGAAUAAGAGCGUCUUUGUCUGUCUGCUGGCUCUCAUCCUUGCACAGACUCCGUAUAUCAUUAUGGUGUAAUUCUCAACCUUCUGCCGGUCCUGUGUCCCUGACACUGUGUGGGCUAAUGACUCCUCGCUGUGUUGUGUUAGCAGCUUGUGGUGUCCUCUAUAACGCCACAUUGGAAAGCAUUGCAGCAAACUGCUCUCUAACUAAGUGCAGAGAUGAAGUUUCAGUAGGAGGAGGAAGUAAAGGAGGAUGGUGAAGGGGUGAAACGGGCAGGGGAUAUAUAUUUUAACGCUGAUGGAGUUGAAGUUGGAGAUGAAAUGGUGACAGAACUGGGUGGAAAGAUCUCUCUCUCAUCCUUCCAGAGCACGCAGAGCAGAACCUCCAACGUGUCGUAAAAACUGAAGCUGAAACUUCAACCCUUAAAACUCUCUCGUCACGCCAACAGCCAUAAUCAAAGCUACAGUAUGCAUGAAACAGUAUAGAUAACUUUAUUUAAAAACUCCCACUGCUUAUCUGAGGCGGAGCACUCACAGCAAGCCAUCAUAACUUAAACAUCAUGCAUUAUAUCAAACGUAUUAUAAUGCAGUUAUGAUAUCUCCAGCUGUUAAAGUGUCCUCGUGCUUAAUGGAUCGAAGGAAACGCAUUAAGUGUUUAGAAGGAGCUCAAAAAUCAAUGCAAGGGAGCUUAAUCAUAGGAUAACCUUCUGGAUGUAUUCAAAUCAUACUUAUGUUCAUUUGAAUCUUGAUUUACUGAGGCAUUGCUCCCUGCAGGUGGGGGUCGUGAGAUUGCAGGUCGGCACGAGUGUUGUUGGUGAAACCAUUUUCCUCUGCAGGGUGUCUGGACUCAUCCUGAGAGGCAGGGUCAGAAGCUCAGAGGGGGAGCUCGAGUCUUUGAGGCGGUUCAGGCAUCUGAUAAGGAUGCGUCCAACUGGGAAGAGACCUCGGGGUAGACCCGGAGCUCACUGCAGGGAUUAUAUAUCCAUCGGGCUGUGACGCCUGGGAAUCCCUGAAGAGGGAGAGGGAUGCCUCAGUCGACUUGUUUCCCCGCUGUCACCGCAAAUCGACCCCGGGUGGAUAUAGAUACAGUAAAAGAUUUAUUAUCCCAUCAUUCUUGUUUUUAGAUCUUGAUCUUGUAGUAUUAAUAAUGUAUUUAUUGUGCUUUUUUGAAGACUACAUUUAGGGCUUUUUUGCUAGUAUUAGGGAGUACAGAUUAAGAGAAACAGGAAGAGUAAGGAGGGAGAAGGGGGUGAGGACAUGUUAGCUUGUGAACCUCAGGAAGAGUAGAGGUUUCUUUACUGACUAAUGGGGAUCCAGAGAAUUUGACUUCACAUGAUGGCAAAUAAAAAGAUUUAAAAGAAGUUGUCACGAUGGAGGUGAGACAAAAGGUAGCAGCUCUAUAAUUUGGAAAAUGUAUGAAUUUGACCUCCUUAGUUCCUUUAGUGGGAAAUGACUGCCUCCAUUGCAGUAAAUGGUACAUUAAUGUUUGUUAUCAUGAUCAUAAUCAGGUUUAAAAACCAUCAGUAUCUUGCAACAUUUGAAAACUGUCUGCAUGUGUCAGAGUAAUAAAGUUUAUAAAAUAUAUCUCAAUAUGAUUUCAAAAGAGUUCCUCUGAAUCAGUGGCCUCAGGUUGGUAAGCAAAGAGUUGUGUGUUUGGUUCAAAGUCUUAAUCACCAAAUUAAAACAUAAUUAAAGGUCCGGCCCUGCCAGCAGUCCUUAGAAGUUUAUAAAAAAUAACUCUAGAUUAAAGUUUACAGAGUUAAAACAACACCCUGAUGAUGUAAAAUCUCUCAUUUUUGCACAAACAGUGAAACAAAAACAGUAAACGCCUGUUCAAAGAGGAAGAAAACAUCUAAUCAAUCUUAUUAUGUUUGUCAGAUGAAGAUAAUUGUGUGACUUUAAAUUAUAUUAAUUAAUAUAUACUGUUUGAAUACUACUCAAUUAGUAGAUUGAGAUGGAGUAAUAAUGUGAAGUCUGCAAUUGGCUGAAAUAACAUCGGUUUACUUGGCUUUAUAAACGGUGCGCGCAGUGACGUAAUCGCUCCGCCCCUUCCGGAAAACAACCGUUAUCCACCAUAAACCCUUUCGAAAUUAAAAUAAAAAUCACCCUUUGAUUAAAAACAGUUGUAUUAAUUCACACAGACAUCAAUUUUUAGAGUUUCUGUCAUAAUAAAAUAAUUAAUUAAUUACUUUUUCUUUUUUUUUCCUUAAUUGCAUGAUGACAUCACACGGACGCAGGUGCUGGAAAUGGCUGGAAACCGUUGACCUUCGCUGUUUGUAAGUGCGUUUGACUUUUAGGUGAUUUAACUGCUAUUAACGGGACAAAGUAAGUAAAAGUUACAGAAGUAGGUAUGGGGAAAGCACCGCGUUACUUUUUCUGACAAUAAAAAAAAAGGAGAGAAAGCGGAGAAAGUCGACGGUGACCUCCCGAAGUGAAGAUGCUAACUGCUCAGGUGCAGGAGGACGUCGCGAAAACAAAGAUGGCGGAUGGAAAGCGUGGUCCUGUGGGUCCGAGCUGCUCGUUUCUCCCAGAGAGUCCCAGGAGAGGAGAGGAGAGGAGAGGAGGAGGAGGAGAGUGAGCUGGAGACAGAUCAGGGAAGAGUCUGACCCUCUGGGGGCAUGACGUGCUCUGAGGAUGUGGGCGUACAAGUGGAGGUCUAACUAGAGUGAUUGAGGUUUCUUCAAUACCUUUCACAAUGGGACAAAUUGCCUCCCACAUCCAAAGAGCACUCGCCAACACUGCAUUGAUUGGUUUCCCAUCAUGCACCUCAGGCUGGAGUUCUUGUUUAUGGUCUCGGCUGGGCCAAAGAACCCUGAGUCCAGGAUCAGGAACUCCUUUAGGAUCAAUCAAUUAAUCGCAGGACGUCUACGGCAGCGACUAUGAGGAACCUACGAGACAAGGGAGCUCAGGGACUCCAGAAAGAUCUAUGGAUGUAUGAGUUUGUUUGUGAUCCAAGCGUGGGAGGUGUCCGAGGAGGCAGCAGGAGAUGAAGAGUUCACGUGUUCGUCAGGGCAGGGUUUGGAGACGGUGAUGGUCUGCUGACACUCGGCGUUGAACAGAGCCUUCUUCAGGGUCCCCGUCCUGGUCCGCAGGACUCUCUGGUCUCCAAAAUAAGAGUCCUCCAUCGUCUGAAUCAACCUUCGCACCUGACUUGACCAAUCCAAGCAGACUUCAUCAGCCUUCCUACUUCAUCAGCAUCCUUCUGACUCCAAAGAAGAAAGAAUCACACCCUUACAAGACGUGUCUUUAGAAUCUUCUGAUGGAGGCAGCCGGUAAAAACGGUUUAAACACAGACUUUAAAUCCACAUCAAGUUUUCCUCCUGCCGCUGGUUUAUUUAACACAAUAAAGUUUGACACUCUUGAGAUCAUUCAGAUGAUGAAUUCAUAUUCCCGCUCUUCUUGUUUUAUUCUCACACAGACAGCUGCAGAGAGGAUCAGCUGAGAUGCCCGACAGCUUCAAAGGUGAUUUCCUGAGUUUCAACCGUGACAUAAAUACAAUCUACAGACUCUUAAACCUUCUGAGACUAAAGUAAAACACAUGAACUGUCUGGUCUCUAAUCGAUGAGUCUUCUGGAGUUCCUGAAAAGUCUGAUAUGCAGAUGAUCUUCAGAGUCCGAGUGAAAACGCUGUAAUCUCUUUAAACACAACCAGUUCAGAUUUGGCACAGCUUCUCUGAGCGUCCUCACGCCAGCAGUCCUCCAAUCACAGAGACCGUGAGUCAGUCAGUCUCAUGGCGGUGAGGAGGACCUCAGCAGGUUCUUCAUCGUUCAGUCCGUGAAGAGUCCCCUGACGUGUCAGACCGCAGUUUCCUGGUCCUCCCUCUGGAUCAUCUGGUAGUGCUGCCUGUUCUCCAGAUAACCGGCCAGCUCGGCGUCCUGAGCCUUCUCCGCCCGGUUCUUAGGAGUGUCGCCCUGAUGGAGACAAACACAGAACCUCAACUUAACCUUUGUCAGUGCUGAGUCCAGCCUGUUAGACUCUCUCUGCGUGGAUCUGAGCUGAAUGAGAGAAGAAGAAGCAUCGAGAGGGGCGGCUCGCACUGAUGGUUGAACUUACUGAUGUUUCUCUGCGACGUCCAGCAGGUCACUUGAAGCUGCAGAGAGACGACACACAAGGACGUGAUCAUCAUCCAGGAUGAAGCGGACCAGCUCUUUGCUCCCUGCACUGACAGCGUGAUGGAGCAAACUGCAGCCUGAAGAGUCCAGCGCCGUGAGGUCGGCUCCCUGCUGGUGCAGCUCCUGCAGCUGAUGAUGAAGUCAAAGUUCAAGGAGUCAGGUUUUGGUAAGGGACAGAUUUCUGAGACCAUUCAGCAUCCUGACUUUCAUCCAUCAAGAGAGGAUCACCCACAGAAGAAAGGAGACUCCUGUGAAGUGGAUGGAGAGCCCACCAACAGGAUCUGAGCAAGACCUUCUGUGCUUCUUAGUGCAGACAAAGACACUCACACUUCAAAAGGGGGGAAUUAUUUUAUGUGCACACUUGAUGUUUGAUGUUGUGUUGUCUUUAUUGAUAUUCAGGCUCUGGGCAUCCCUAGACUACUACUAGUAGUACCAGAAUACCAGCCCCGGGUGACCACUUCCCUUCUUCUUCAAGUGGCGUGCAGACGAGUUUCUGUGUCACCGACGAGGGAUCUACGCAUCCUGAUAGUCCAGUCACUGUCGUAAAUAAAGUUAUUGAUGAUAUA